AUGACUCUCAUCCCACUGACCGCCAACGGAGUCACGAGAGAGCUGAAGUGCACCAUCUACAGGCCGUCAGACUUUGAUGAGGUCACGGUCAAUGGACGGCCCGUCAAGCUGGGCCAAGGGACCUUCGGGGAAGUGAGCCUGAUGCGGCUCCGCAGCACGCGGUACCCGCUGGUCGCCGUGAAGUUCUGCAAGGCGCAUCUGGUGCAGGAGGUGGACGUGUGGCGGGAGGUGUCGGCGAUGCUGGCGGUGGAGGACCACUGGGCCUUCCCCAAGCUCCACGGCAUCAUCAGGAACCAGCGAAUCCCGGAUCUCCCGGCCAUCGCGCUGGAGUUUGUUGGGAACGCCAACUCCCUGAUGGGUUUGACUGUCGCGGAUGCAAUCCGCUCCAAGAAGUACAUGCCGUUUAAACACAACUGGGUAUGGAUUGCAAACGACAUCGCGCGGGGGCUCGCCCAUCUCCACUCCAAGGGCUACCUGCACUGCGACUUGAAGACCAACAACGCCCUCUUGUGGCAUGAUCCGAACAGAAACAUGUGGCGGGCCAAAAUCAUCGACCUGGGCCAAGCCCGCAAGAAGAACGAAGCCAAGGGGCCUUUGUCUCUCUCCCUGGUCGAGCAGAGAGAAACCUUCAGCCUCUUUCCGCACGUGCCCCGAGAGGUGAUCGCUGGGGAGGGAGGCUACACCGUCGAAGGCGACGUUUUCUCCUUAGGCUACCUGCUACAGGAGGUGGCUAAAGUGAGCUCCCUGAAGAAGCAGAUGAAGAAGCUGGGCGAACGCUGCUGUGGAACCAGGCCAAAGUCCCGCCCCUCUUUGGCUCGUGUUGUUCAAGAGCUAACCUCCUUGGCAGUCAACGGUUGUUGA